AUGACCGAGGAAUAUGUUUUGCGGUGCGUCCUGAUGCUCUGCUGCGCACUCCUCUCGGCCAACGCGAGUAACUGGCUGUACCUGGCCAAGCUGUCGUCAGUGGGGAGCAUCAGGGAUGAGGAGACGUGUGAGAGGUUACGAGGCCUCAUCCAGAGACAGGUUCAGAUCUGCAAGCGCAGCGUGGAGGUGAUGGAUGCGGUGCGUCGUGGAGCCCAGCUGGCGAUAGACGAGUGUCAGUUCCAGUUUCGCAACCGUCGAUGGAACUGCUCCACUCUGGAGAGCAUGCCUGUGUUUGGCAAAGUGGUCACCCAGGGCACCCGUGAGGCAGCCUUUGUGUAUGCCAUCUCAGCAGCCAGUGUGGCGUUUGCGGUCACAAGGGCCUGCAGCAGCGGAGAGCUGGAAAAAUGUGGCUGCGACCACAAUGUACAUGGAGUCAGUCCAGAGGGGUUCCAGUGGUCGGGCUGCAGUGAUAACAUUGCGUACGGAGUGGCCUUCUCUCAGUCCUUUGUCGACGUGAGGGAGAGGAGUAAAGGCCAGUCCUCCAGUCGGGCUCUUAUGAACCUGCACAACAACGAGGCCGGGAGAAAGGCCAUCCUGUCCCACAUGCGCGUGGAGUGCAAAUGUCACGGCGUGUCAGGCUCCUGUGAAGUAAAGACCUGCUGGAAAGCCAUGCCACCCUUCCGCAAAGUGGGCAACGUCAUCAAAGAGAAGUUCGACGGCGCCACUGAGGUGGAGCAGCGUAAAAUGGGCACGUCCAAGGUCCUGGUGCCCCGCAAUUCCCAGUUCAAACCUCACACAGAUGAAGAUCUGGUCUACCUGGACCCCAGUCCGGAUUUCUGCGAAUACGAUCCACGCACACCGGGCAUGCUGGGCACUGUUGGCCGUCAGUGUAACAGAACCUCAAAGGCCAUCGACGGCUGCGAGCUGAUGUGCUGCGGCCGCGGAUUCCAGACGCAGGAGGUGGAGGUGGUGGACAGGUGCAGCUGUAAGUUCCACUGGUGCUGUUACGUCAAAUGCAAACAGUGCCGCAAAAUCGUGGAGAUUCACACGUGCCGGUGAUGGGGGUCGGGACACAGAGGGCACUGCUGAUGGACAAAAACAAAUGCCCCACACUCCUGCUCGAUUAAAGGCUAGAGGGAGAAAGGAGGACUUGUGUUGCUCCCUCUUCUGCGGCUUGAAACCACCUCACCCUCCUACUACUGGUCAGCAGAAACAGACUGAGUGGCUGAGAGGUCCGACAUCAUUCAUUUUAUGCCACCGUAAUGGAUAUCACUAGAAUAGGCAUGGGAUUUCCUACAAAGCUACAGAGUCUGUUUGUUUCUUCUCAAGUAGAGAGUAUCUUUCACUUCCUGUCUCCCUCCCUCACGCUCAUAUUUGGUUUGUCAUUGAUGCUUCUUAUUUUUGUAAUGUUUAACUUAUUUGUUGAAACUGAGGCGAUUGACAGGGGCGGUCGUAGAAGGAGGGGCAGGCGAGCGGAGAUGAUAAGGGACAAACUGGACCCAUGGAUGGGCAGAUGGGGGGCCGGGGUUUAAAGGGGUUGGGGUGGGGUCAGGAGGAGGGCUGCUCGCCCUCGGUCCUUGCUGCUGCUGCUGCUGCUGCUUUGGGGACUCACUCGGAGUGCUGGAUGUCAAAAAGGGAGACGAUGGGAGAGGACGGACUCAAACAACAAAGAGGAACACGUCGCAGAUGCACUUUCUGCGAUUUGCUUUCCAAGUGUGUACGUGGCUGUGCUGUGCUGAGGUUCAGUGACCGUCGAGACGUUUAUUUUGCCCCCUGCAAUGCCCUGAUGCUGCUCCACUCACACACGCUCACUGUCUUUGUUUUUUUUUUUGUCAGAGGGAGGAUGAUGAUGGACAGGUCAAAGCCACUGUCAGCUCCUGUCUGUUUUUUUUUUCCCUGGAGGCCCUUAGCACUGGCAGGUGAUGGGCAUCAGACAAACAAAACACACAUACCCAGCAAACAUUGCUCCGAAACAACACCCGUAUUCACCCACAGCUGCUACCUGCAACGUAAAAAACCAGAAACCUCACAAUCCAAAACUGUUUCCAGAUCAGAUUUAAUAUGAGUUGUUGUUAUUUUAGAACAUCAUAUUGAGAAAGUCUUGUGUGCUCAUUUGGAUUGACGUUGAUCCUGGCCUCCUCCUGCCUGCAUGUUGCCACUGCCAAACGCUAGUUGGCUUAAUGCAAACACCAGUAAACACAAAGUGACAUGCAUGCACCAGCAAACACACACAAUGUAAACACACACACACACACACACACACACACACACACACACACAAAGGGGUCUGCCAGAGGGUUGCCAAGCAUGUACAUCAUGCAUGAUGACUGAAGCACUUUCUCUCCAAGCGCACAUAGAGCCCUGCCCCACAGCAACAAACACCCAACCACAUGUUUAGUUUGCCCCGUUUCUCUUGUACACGCACACACAGCCAGUUUCCCAUGCCACUGUCAGGACUCUAUUGUUGUCUUGUACCAUCACCAUAAAGCCAAGCUUUCCUAUAAUAACGUGCUAUCAUUAUAGAAACAUACUGUAGAUCUGUAAAGACUUAUACACUGAAGAAGACUAUACUGCCUAUGAAUGUAUGUUAAUACGGAAUAUAUGCUGUGUCGAAAAUGA